AUGGUGAGAAUGCGGCCGCAGCCCCCCAUUUUUGAAUUCACCAAACAAUUGAAAGUUAUUGUCAAUUUGAAACAAUACUCGGUUGCCCUCAAACUGUUCGACGAAAUGCGUGAACUGGGUGCCCCUGUAAAUGAGUACACAAUGACCAUCUUGAUUAAUUGUUGUUGCCUUUUGAAACGUGUAGACGUUGGUUUUGCUAUCUUCGGCGUCUUCUUUAAACACGGUUACGAGCCAGAUGUUACGACAUUCACCGCUCUCCUAAAAGGGCUCUUUUUAAAUGGUAAGGUGGCCGAGGCGGAGAAAUUGUUCAAGAAGCUUUUGACUUCGAAAAUUUGCGAGCCUAACGAAGUUACGAUUCUUACUGUGAUAGAUGGGCUCUGCAAAACUGGACAUGUUCUUGCUGCCCAUGAUUUGCUUUUCUUAUUGGAAAAGACUAUUUAUAAACCCAAUGUUAAGGCUUAUAAUGCGGUAAUUAAUGGCUUAUGCAAGACUGAAAUGGUGGAUAAUGCACUCGAGCUCAAGUCUAGAAUGGUUGAUAAGGGCAUUUCACCUGACGUUGUCACAUAUAACUCCAUGAUUCAGGGCUUGUGCGAUUUUGGUAGAUGGAAAGAGGUCAAAGACUUACUGAAUGAAAUGGUGAAUCACAAGAUUCCGUUAGAUGUUGUUACUUUUACUGUAUUGGUGGACGCAUUUUGCAAGGAAGGAAAUAUUAAAGAGGCUGAGGAUGGAAAAUGGAAAAGGCGAAACAAGUAUUUGAUUCUGCCUUAA